CCCCGCCAUAAAUUGCUGAAGAUUUGCCGAGUCGCUGGGCAUUAUCUCUCGAGUAAACUGGAAGUAAACGCGGCUGUGUAAAUUUCCCGGGAACCAGAGCCGGAGUGAUCUCAUUGAACUGGCGGUGUCAGCUGUCACUUGAUUUCUUGAUAAUAAGCCCCACGAAUUACGUGUCGUGUCCGCCUAUUGUUCGGUUCGACUCUAGAAAAGCUCCGACCACGGGCCAGUGCCAGUGGCAGUGCCAUUCGAAUUCAGUUUUGUUUCGCAUCUCGCCAGAGACGGACACAUCACAUCUCACAUCUCACAUCACCUGCCUACGCACUCCAUUCCGUUCUCUUUGUGAAUCUCUCUCUCUAUCGAGGUCUACACGAUGAUGUACUCUCUGUGGCUCGGCCUGGGGCUGAGUGUGAUGCUCUUGGCAUCGUUUUCAGCGGUGAGCGGAGCUCCUAAUCUGGUGUGCUUCUAUGACUCGCAGGGCUUCCAGCGUCAGGGCCUGGCUCAAUUUACGAUGACGGAUAUGGAGCUGGCACUGCAGUUUUGCACUCAUAUCAUCUACGGCUAUGCGGGCGUCAAUGCGGAUAACUCGGAGCUGCAGAGCAUCAACAAGCGGCUGGACUUCGAGCAGCGACACUUGGCCCAGUUCACGGCGCUCAAGGACCGCUAUCCGCACAUCAAGUUCCUGCUGAGUGUGGGCGGCGACGCCGACCAGAACGAGGGUAAUCAAUACAUCAAGCUCUUGGAGUCGGGACAGCAGGGUCACAGGCGCUUCAUCGAGUCCGCUCGCGAUGUGGUGCGUCGCUUCAACUUUGAUGGCCUCGAUCUGGCCCUUCAGCUGCCCCGCAACAAGCCGCGCAAGGUCCACGGGGACGUGGGCUCCGCCUGGAAGAGCUUCAAGAAGUUCUUCACCGGCGACUACAUUGUGGACGAGGAUUCGGAGACCCACAAGGGACAGUUGACGGCUCUGAUCAAGGAUCUGAGCAGCGCCUUCAAGGCCAACAAUCUUCUGUUGAGUCUCACCGUCUUGCCGAAUGUCAACUCCAGCUGGUACUACGACGCCCCUGCCAUUGAACCCAGCUUGGACUUCAUCAACCUGGGAACCUUUGAUUUCCUCACCCCCCAGCGCAAUCCCGAGGAGGCCGACUUCUCCGCCCCCCUGUACGAGGCCUUCGGACAGAACCGUCUGGGCCACUACAACGUCAACUACCAGCUGGAGCACUGGCUGCUGCAGCGCGUGCCCGCCCACAAGCUGAACAUCGGCAUUGCCGCCUACGGCAGGGCCUGGAAGCUCAGCACCGGCUCCGGGGACUCGGGCAUGCCUGUGGUGGCCGCCGCAGAGGGGGCCGCACCUGCCGGACGCCAGAGCAAGCAGGAGGGAAUGCUGAACUGGGCCGAGAUCUGUCAACUGAUGCCGAAUCCCAGCAAUGCGAAUGCCAAAGGAGCCGACGCUCCUGUGCGCCGCGUGCUGGACCCCACCAAGCGCUACGGUAGCUACGCCUUCCGUGCCGCCGACUCCAACGGCGAGCACGGCCUGUGGAUCAGCUACGACGAUCCCGACUCGGCCUCCAGCAAGGCCUCCUAUGUGCGCUCCAAGAACCUGGGCGGCGUGGCCUUCUUCGAUCUGACGCAGGACGACUUCCGCGGCCAGUGCACCACCGAUCGCUUCCCCAUGCUGCGUGCCAUCAAGUACCGCCUGCUCUGAGGCCCAUGAAGACAUCAUCAGCCUCGGCCCCAGCCACGCAAAUGUCACAAUGAUGGGGGGGAGGAGGAGGUGGAGGGUCCAACGGUGUUCCAAAUGUCACCCAAUGGGUCUCUGUCUGUCGCUGUCGCUGUGGCUGUCCCUUUUUGCAAAUUAAUUACAAAGUUGUAAACUAAAAUGCACCGCAAAUUAAUUCGA